AUGAAAACAGUACGAAAAAGAGAUAAAACUGACCUUAACGGGAAUAUCAAAAGGUUAACAAAGAAACUGAAGACAGGAGUGUUUUUGGAAACUCAGGAAAUUGCCAUUGAUGUUCUUGACAUUUUGAUUGGAAUUGUUACUCAGAAAGAAUGGAACAGUGCCAAAGAUUUGAUGAUGAUUAUUCGAGAGGAAGGCAAAAAUUUGAUGUCUGUGCAACCUUCAGAAACAGUAAUUGGAAAUAUGGUGCGUCGAGUGCUCAAAAUUAUCCGUGAAGAAUAUGUCAGUGCCAAAGGAAAAACCUUGAAAGAUGAUCCCCAGGAUGCUUUACCUAAACGUUUACUUACCGAAGGCGUUCAUGAAGAUUACACUGGUUCAGUACCUAACUUCAAUAAGGAAACUGUGACGGAAGCAAUUGAAGAAGUCAAAAUGGAAAUGGAGAGCAGCACAGACAAUAUUUCUGAACAGGCUCUUGAACACAUUCACAACAAUGAAGUAAUUCUUACAACAGGGAAGUCAAAAACACUUCUUACUUUUCUCAAGAGUGCAGCCCGAAAACGAAAAUUCAAAGUCAUGGUUGUUGAAGGAGCUCCAUUUUUCCAUGGUCAGGAAAUGGCCAAAAAGCUUGCCAAUGCCAAUAUUGAAACAACUCUCAUCACAGACUCUGCUGUUUUUGCUAUCAUGUCCCGUGUCAACAAAGUUAUUAUUGGUACACAUACAGUUUUGGCCAAUGGAGGUUUGAAAGCCAUUCAAGGAAGUCACAACAUUGCCUUAGCAGCGAAGUAUUAUUCAGUUCCUUUAGUGGUUGUGGCAGCCAUGUCGAAAUUAUCCUCUCACUAUCUUUGCUCUUAUGACCAGGAUGCUUUCAACCGGUUUCUCAAUCCAAGUGAUGUGGUAACAUUCACAGACAGCAACCCAAACAUUGAAAUCUACAACCCAGCCUUUGACUAUGUCCCUCCAGAAUUAGUCACUCUUUUUAUUUCCAACAUAGGUGGAAAUGCUCCAUCAUAUGUUUACCGGUUAUUAAGUGAGCUCUAUCAUCCAGAUGACAAUGACCUUUAA